UUUACCUUUUAAAAUCAUGUCAAUAAAAGAAAAGGGGAAUGGACGAACUAUGUAUCGGUUGUUAUCGACUUAUAGGCUACCGUAUGGUCAUUUAGUGCACAACAACAGCAAUUAUUGGCUCAAAACAACAAGGAUGACCGUUUAUGAGUAUCCAAACUUGAAAGUCAAGAAGCAUAAGCAAGAGAAACCGCUAAAACUGUUCACUAAAGAAGAUAAUGACAUAUACUAUCAGAAUAGCCUUAUCAUAAAUGCCGAUGCGGUGGAUGAAGAAUCGUUCUUGGCAUAUAGAUUCAUUAAGAAAAGUGAUGAGAUACUUCUUGAAGAAUAUAAGUUUUACAUUGCGGAUUAUUUUCUCAACUUAGAGAUAUUCGGAUCACUCAGAGUAUACAAUAGCAAAAUAGACGAGCUAGUAUUAAAAGACAGCUGCAAAAUGGAUGAAAGUUUGUUGGUUAGACGGAAGCAAAGUAUUCUACUGGUAUACGGAAAAUACGAAGAAGAAAAGAAUGCUGAUGAUACGCUUGAUUUUACUGGUAAAGUGGAGGAUGACACGUAUUUCUAUAAUUACAAGAACAAAGUGAUCAUGUACAACACGCCGGCUCUAAAGAUCAAGACAUCAAAGAAAAUUAUGAUUUAUAACUCGGAAACGAAACCUAUAAUUGAUAUAGGUAAUUUUCUAGUCUACAAGAGCACCACAUGUAUUCAGAACUGCACUUUUGCUGAUUACUACAAAAACUUGUACCUAUUGGUAAAUGGAGAAGGAAUAUUUUUGAUUUACAAAAAUCUGAUUAUUUUUAAAAGAGAAAAAAAUGUGGUAGGCGGAAAUAUAAAGACUAUGUCCUACUAUCAUACCGAGAAACGGGUCAUUAAGAAAACGUUGUACGACCUCUUCUUUCUUCUGAGUCUGUUCUAUGAAUACGUUUUCAUCGAUAAAAACGAUUCAUCAUACCUAGAAUUGUUUGGAUCAAAGGCGUUGAGAAGCAUACCAAUUCACAAACUAGAAAAAACGAUCGUAAGCCUGAUGCUAUCAAACUACCACAAGUUUAUUGAAUCGUUUUUGAGCGAUCUUUUCACCUUAAAUACAUUCGAUGCUGAAUCGUUCUAUGCCAAUCUAUUUCGUCAGCUGGAUGACGCAAACAGAGAAUACCUCAAGAAAUUCAAUUUUAUUGUUAAAUAUGCUGCUAAUUUCUACAAACUAGUGUUAUAUUUCCCUCAAGAAGUUGACAACUUCGUUAAAAUGGCAAUCACACAGGGGAAGGAGUAUUACGUUACAGAGCUGAUUAACUAUUACAAAACGCAAAAAUACCACCAUAAACUAAGCAUCCUUCGAUUUUGUUUGCUCGAUAACAACUGUUUCUACCUUUACAAUGAGUGUCUGGAUGAAAGGAGUCAAGCGCUCGACCAGAUUAAAGAACUAAUGGAAGCUGAACAGGCCAAUAUUAAGACACAGUUUCGAAGAGAUUUUUAUUACGUUGAUUUUUAAGUAAAACAUGCUAAAGGCUGUAAUUGGUUGGCUAUCGCAAUACAAUCGGCACUAUAGAAUGAACCCAUCGUUCGCAAUGCUAAUAACUGUGGUAUACUUCAUUUUAGGUAUUCGUGUCUAAAUAACUACUACCCACUUUUUGGUCUUUAUGAGUCGUUCUAAGGCA